UGUCCUUCGCGCUCUGGCAGUGAUUAUCUGGUGGAUGGCGCCAAAUCGAACCGUGGUUCUCCAUCACCAGCAGUAGCAGCAUCAAUCGACGAACGAGUCGCGUGUGUUCUGUUAGUUGGUUAGGGUUCGUGCAACAAGUGGCCGUCCGGACCAUGCGGACAGUGAUGGUCGAGUGGUGUUGAGUCUGUUUGUCAGCUAACUAACAUUCCAAGCGUGACCGCAGUGUGCCAGCAAACCGUAUCCAAUUGACCCGUGCCAUCGCCGUUAUUAGUGUGUGCGUUUGUGGCUGUGUGUGGUUUUUAUCUUGUGUCUCGAGGCAACUAAUUGAUUGACUAACGGGCAGCACGAUGGCGGACGAGAGCCUACACGUACCGGAUACCAACAUCGAUUUCCAUAUCGUCCAGCUGUUCGAGCGGCUGGAAACGCUCCGCAAGGAGCCGGGCCACAAGCUGUCCCGGUCACUGCAAGGACGCAUCAACAUGCACACCGAGUUGCGCAGCCUGGAGUUCUGGAGAUCGAUCACAUGCGAAUGCUUGGCAUCAUUCUUCUACGUGUUCAUCGUUUGUGGCGCGGCGGCCGGUGCCGGUGUCGGUGCGAGCGUCUCCUCGGUCCUGCUGGCCACCGCCCUGUCUUCCGGUUUCUCCAUGAUUGCCUUGACCCAGUGCUUCCUGCACAUCUCCGGAGCUCACGUUAAUCCGGCGGUGUCGAUCGGGAUGGUGGUAGAGCGCCAGAUAUCACCGCUCCGUGCCCUGCUGUACAUCGUGGCGCAAAGCGGAGGCUCGAUCGCCGGUGCUGCACUCCUCUACGGUGUCACCGUACCCGGGUAUCAGGGCAAUCUGCAGGCUGCCGUUUCCCACAGCUCGUCGCUGGCCGCCUGGGAGCGCUUCGGCGUCGAGUUUAUCCUGACGUUCAUCGUCGUCCUGGCCUACCUCAUCUCGACCACCUCGUUCAAGAAGCACUUCGGAUCGUCGGCCAUCGCCAUCGGGGCGGCCUACAGUGCCUGCAGUUUCGUAUCGAUGCCCUAUCUGAAUCCGGCCCGAUCGCUCGGACCUUCGUUCGUGCUGAACAAAUGGGACAACCACUGGGUGUACUGGUUGGGGCCGAUGGUUGGCGGUGCCGUGUCCGGAUUGAUGCACGAGUUCAUCUUCUCCUCGAAGCGCUCCCAGAAUCGCUCGAAGGAUGACGUCAACUCCAGUCUGAACUCCGAAGAUGACAUCAACUACGAUAUGGAUCUGGAGAAACCGCAGCACCAGCAGGGCAAAUACCACCAGUAUCGGCCACCGAGUGGAACGCUGACCGGAAGCCAGAACCGGUACUGCCAGAGUAUCUACACGGCCGAACCGACGUCGAAGGUCGAGCGAGUGGAGUCGAUCUACGGUGGCACGAAGUCGAUGUACUGCAAGUCGCCCCCUCUGACUCGUGCCAACCUCAAUCGCUCGCAGUCGGUGUACGCUAAGAGCAACACCGCACUGAACCGUGACAUGCCGGUCCGUUCUGGGCCGCUGGUGCCAGCGCAGAGCCUCUAUCCGCUUCGUGUCACUGCACCCCAAACGCACCUUCAGAAUCAGAACGUUCAGAACCAACUGCAGCAACGGUCGGACAGUAUUUACGGCAUCCGUAGCUCGAUGAGGCAACCAAUGCCAUCGGACCGAAUGCAGCAACAGCAACAGCAGCAACAACAGAUGCCACCACAUCCAACGCAGGUUGAUCCUCAGGGCUUCCAACCAAUCUAUGGAUCGCGCAACAAUCCCAACUGUUCCAGCGACGCGCUCAAGUUCGAUCGUGAUCCGAAUAGCCGCGGUGACGAUACGAUGAACUCCAAGUACUCGCGUGGUGCCGGUGCCGGCCGUCCGGAGUCGAUGUACGGCGGUGGCCCAAGGCGCAUCCAUUCGGCCCAGUCAGACGACAGUUCCUACGGCUCAUACCAUGGACCGGGGCCUGCCCUGACUCCACCGACACGCAACACGAGCAACAGCAGCAGCACCUUCAACCCGAACCCCACUACCACGAUGACCACGGCCAUGCAGCAGCCUGCCUAUGAACGAAAGAGCUCCUCCUCGUCUGCUUCCCAUCUGCAGCAGCAGCAACAGAAGCAACAACAGCAGCAGCAGCAGCAGCAGCAACAGCAGCAAAUGCAACAAACUCGCAAUCUCCAGAAUGUACCGAGCAUACAGAAUACAAGUCUGCCACCACCUCCCCCACCGAUGCAUCAUACGAUGCCCUACAAUAUGCACCCGGUGCGACAGAACUAGGGACCCGCAGGGGGGGGUCGCGUUGUAAUCAUUAGCUAGUUGCUCCAAACUAACCCCUAGAGACGCUUAACCGUCGAUCUUCCGUUACGCCAGGAGCUAGACCUAUAAGUGCUGUUUGAGUGAGAUCAUUUGUGUGCAUGUGUGUGCGUGCAUGUGUGUGCGUUUUUAGGGUAGACAAUUUAGUUAGAGAGAGAGGUUGACAGUCGUCGGUGAUCACGGUAGUCCUGUGUUCGCCGAUGGCGUACUCAUGGCGGCAAACUUUUCUUUGAAAACCCAGUGAGCUAUGAAUAGAGACGUGGAGCAAUCUUUCAGGCCCCCUCCAUGGGAGCACGCGAUCAAGUGGCCAACAGUAAACGCUGUAGUGGGUCAGUUGGUCGAGUGACAUUCGAUAGCAUGAAUUUGUUUUCGUCUGUUUACCUGAUCGAUGAUCCAAGAGACUGAGGCGCGCCGGACCGGGCAACCUAUAUUAAUCAUUCCGUUGGUGCGGCGCGAGCAGCAAACGGAAUUGCCAUAUGAUAUCGUAUCACUUCCAACCGCAUCGAGGCGGAGAAAGGACCUAAUAAUGUGACGAAGCGGCAGAGCUAGUUUACUGUUUUAAAUUCCCCCUAACCCAAAUACCCAAAGUUCAGACUGAUCGAGUUACUGACGUAUGCGCGCGUGCUGCCUGUUUCGUGUCGGACUUUAGUACAAAUGUAAAUAGCUAGCUUUUGUAAUUUUCUUUUUUAUUAUUUGUUAUUUUGAAAGUUUUUUUCGGGUUUACAUCAAUAUCUAGAGAGGAGCAGCAGCCAUAUCGUUUUCAGUAUCAUAUCAGUAGUUAGAACACCAAUAUCGCGGCUGCAUUCAGAGCAUGGGCAAAAGCGGAUCAGUGCGUUUCGAUUCGCAUUACAUUACCGACAGAUGCAGGCAGGAUUUUCGCAACAAUGUUUAAUAACGAGUUACAACUUUUAUAGAUUUAUGAUAAGCUUACUCGUAAAAGAUGAGCAAGAUGGUUCAAAAUAUGGGAGCCCAACCCGCAUUGGUCACCUCCGGAUGUCGGAGGCACUAGUACGACAGCUUAG